AUGAAGCUCACCUUUCUGCCUCGGCCGCCGAUAUCCGCUUCGAGGAAGCGUAGCCGAGCUGUGGCUGAUAUCGACGGAGAACAUUCAUGUGUGCAGAAAAAGAAACGCCGACUUCGAUUAUUUCUUAUUACAUCACGACUAUCUCCACAGUUUUCACAUCCAGCAACCAACAUUGUCGACCGAGGCAGCUCAAAGAUUGCAGUAUGGGCCAAGCAAAAGGCCCUGGGACGGAACUUGCUCCCCAAAGCCGCCAUCUUGAACGGUAUACGGAGACGAAACAUCCUCAUGAGGGACUCGUCUGGACUCAGUGCCCGAGUGUCGAUUGUUCAGGAAAAGGAAAAGGCUCAGCUUGAACUGGCUCGUUUAGAAUUUACUCACGGAAGCGUCGACACAUAUACUCAUCCAGUCCUACUACAGGAUCCAUCAGUCCCACCCAGUGCCGCCAUA